UCCCAACUUUCUUGUGGCGUAUAAAAGAGAGGAAAAGACUCAGAUGAAGCAAAAACAGCAGACAUGGGGUCAAUUAGGAGGAUGUGCUGGCUCCAGCUGUGGCUGAUUUCUAUUCUGGCAGCUUUCUGUCAGAUUCCCACAUCUGCAGGAUCACCUCAGCCUGUGAUGUCUGCUCCUAACUUACUGAGAGUGGGAACAGAAGAAAAUAUUUUUGUAGAGAUCCAGGACUUUGGGGGAAGUAAUGAUGUCACCGUUACCAUCCAUGUGAAGAAUUUCCCAACCAAAACCAGAACUCUGGCAUCCACAACUGUGACACUAAGAAAGGACAAAAAUUUCCAGGAUUUUGGGAGGGUCACGAUCCCUGCUGCAGAGUUCAUCAAUUCCAGGGCAAACAAGGUUUCCCUUCAAGCAGAGUUCAGCACAGGCACAACUCUUGAAACAUAUGUUCUAGUUUCCUUCCAGUCUGGCUUCAUUUUCAUUCAGACCGACAAGCCCAUCUACAACCCCGGCACUCUUGUACAAUACAGGGUUUUUGCCAUGGGACCUGGCAUGGAGCCUUUGAAUAAUAGUCAGCCUGAAGCUAUUACAUUGGAUGUUAUGACGCCUGAUGGCAUCAUAAUACAGUCUGAGACUGUUUCAACGACUACACCGAUGCACUCAAGAAAAUACAAACUUCCUAAUGUUGUCAGUUUCGGACAGUGGAAAGUGGUGGCAAAAAUUGGCAGUAACACACAGGAGGCCUUUACGGCAGAGUUUGAGGUCAAAGAAUACGUACUUCCCAGCUUUGAGGUAAAAAUUACACCUCCACCUCAGACCCCAUUCUUUUACAUGAACAGCAAUGAGCUUACCUUCACUAUCACAGCUAAGUAUAUGUUUGGUAAAGAGGUGGAUGGAACAGCCUACGUGGUUUUUGGGCUCAUCCAGGGGGACUCCAAAAAGAGCUUUGCAAACUCCCUUCAGAGAGUCCCGAUCGAGCAUGGUCGAGGAGAGGUCACACUGAGGAAAAAUUACAUCACAAGCACCUUUGGAGACAUUCUUGCUCUGGAGGGCAAAUCCAUAUAUGUAGCCGCUAGCGUGCUGACAAAAAGUGGAGGUGAACUGGUAGAGACGGAGUUGAGAGGCAUCAAGAUUGUCAAAUCUCCAUACACCAUCACAUUCAAAAAAACACCCAAAUAUUUCAAACCGGGAAUGUCCUUUAAUGUUAUGGUUGAAGUCACCAAUCCUGAUGACAGUCCAGCAUCGAAGAUAGAUAUGGUGCUUGAACCUGAAGACAAAGAAGACAAACUUUACGACACCACCACAGCAAAUGGCAUAGCAAGGUUCAGUGUGAAUACUGUAGCAAGCUCACAAAGCCUGACUUUUAAAGUGAAGACUAAUGAUGCCAAGCUAGAUUCUGACAAACAAGCAACAGCCUCAAUGCAGGCGUACCCAUACAGAUCUUCAAAUAAUCAGUACAUUUAUAUGAGUGUGAAUACAGAUGAGGUGGUAAUAGGAGAAACCAUGAAAGUUGACUUCUUCUUCGGCUCUCAUGAAAAUCGAGAAAUUGACGUCACAUAUCUGAUCUUGAGCAGAGGUAUGCUGAUAAGCCAUGAUCGAUAUAAAAGCAACAAUCAAAAACAGUUUACCCGAAUGGUUAAAAUCACCAAAGAAAUGCUGCCAUCAUUCCGCAUUGUAACCUACUACCACACAACUUCCAAUGAACUGGUUUCAGACUCUGUUUGGGUCGACGUGAAAGACACCUGCAUGGGAACGCUGAGGCUGGAAAUGGUAAAUGCUCAACCAUCCUAUGAACCUCGCAAACGUUUUAGAAUGAAGAUCACUGGAGAUCCAGGGUCAACAGUGGGAAUGGUUGCCGUUGACAAAAGUGUGUAUGUGUUGAACAACAAGAACCGUCUGACACAGAGAAAGAUUUGGGAUGUUGUGGAGCAAUACGACACUGGUUGCACUGCAGGAGGAGGAAAGGACAACAUAAAUGUGUUCUAUGAUGCUGGACUUUUGCUUCAAACCAGCCAUGUUGGGACACCGUACAGAGAUGAUGUAAACUGCUCCAGUUCCAGCGGAAGCAGACAGAAACGAUCGGGCACUAUAAUGGAAGUCAGAGCCACCCUGACAAGUAAUUAUGAAAAUGAAGCAUUAAAAAAACAAUGCUGUUUGGAUGGUAUGAGGGAUAUCCCUUUAUCAUACAGCUGUGAGAGACGAAGCGAAUACAUCAUGGAUGGUUCAGCAUGCAUUGAAGCGUUCCUGAGAUGUUGUACGGAGAUGCUAAAACACAAAUAUGACAAAAAGGAGGAGAUGCUAAUGCUUUCUCGCAGUCUUGAGGAGGAUGGCUACAAGGACAGAAAUGAAAUAAUAAGUCGCCACACUUUUCCUGAAAGUUGGCUUUGGAGGGAUGUAUUACUACCCUCCUGCCCUUCACAUGACUCCCGCUGUACGACCAAAUCAGAGGAGAUUAUUGAGUCGUUGCCAGACUCAAUAACAACCUGGCAGCUGACUGGAGUGAGUUUGUCAAGAACUCUUGGAAUCUGUGUGGCCAGUCCAGUAGAGGUUACAGUCUUUAAGCAAUUCUUCAUUGAUCUCAGGCUCCCGUACUCUGCUGUACGUGGAGAACAGCUGGAAAUUAAGGCAAUUCUCCACAACUACAGUGAAGAUCCCAUCACUGUCCGUGUGGAAAUCAAAGAGGAGGGCACCGUCUGCAGUGCUGCUUAUAAGAAAAAAUGGUAUCGCCAAGAAGUCCAGGUCGGACAUCAAACUACACGCUCUGUAUCAUUUAUCAUUGUUCCCAUGGAGCAUGGAGAAGUUCCAAUUGAGAUCAAAGCAUCUGUGAAAAACUCACAAGUUGCUGAUGGAAUCAAGAAAAUGCUACGUGUGGUGCCUCAAGGUGAGCUGACAAAAACUGUAACAAAAGUAAUACUAGACCCAGCUGGGAAAGGUGGCAAGCAGGAGGAGACAAUCAACAGUGACAUUUCCCUAAUAGAUCUGGCUCCAGACACACCUAAGCGCACUGAAAUCUUUCUGACAGGAAUAGAACAGAUGAGUACACUGUUGGAUAACGCUAUUACUGGGGAAUCGAUGGGUACUCUGAUCAGACAGCCAGCAGGUUGUGGAGAACAGAAUAUUGCUGCCAUGACCCUGCCUGUUAUAGCCACCAUAUUUUUAGAUAAAACAGACCAAUGGGAGAUGGUGGGCAUGGAAAAACGCAAGGAAGCGAUACAACACAUAAAAACAGGCUAUACUAACGAGCUUGCUUACCGUAAACCUGAUGGGUCUUUUGCUAUGUAUCCAUAUUAUGCUGGCACCACAAGGCUGACUUCAUAUGUAGCAAAGGUGUUUGCCAUGGCUUAUAAUUAUGUGGCGAUGGAUCCUAAUGUCAUAUGUGGGGCCAUCAAGUUUAUCAUUCUCCGUGCACAACAGCCUGAUGGCAUGUUCACUGAAGUUGAAAACAAGUGGUGGAACGUGGUUGGUGACAAUAAAGAGGUCACCAUUACUUCACUCUGCCUGAUUAGUAUGCAAGAAUCAAGACAAAUCUGCUCUGCCGCUGUUAGUAGUCUGCCAAAUGCUAUAAGCAAAGCAGUAACCUACCUGGAGAGGCGACUACCCAGCCUGAACAAUCCUUAUGCUGUUGCAGUGACUUCCUAUGCCCUGGCAAAUGAAAACAAGCUGAAUAAAGAAUUUCUCCUUCGUUUUGCAUCCCAAGACCGAACCCAUUGGUCUGUAACUGAAGGAAAAACUUACACACUGGAGGCCACAGCUUAUGCUCUUCUUGCUCUAGUCAAAGCCGAGGCCUUUGAAGACGCCAGACCUAUUGUGAGAUGGCUCGGUGAGCAGCAGAGGUUCUGGGGAGGAUAUGGAUCAACCCAUGCCACUAUACUGGUCUAUCAAGCUGCUGCAGAGUAUGCUGCCAAUGCAAGAGAACCAGAUUAUAAUCUGAAUGUGGACAUAGCUAUACAAGGCAGAUCACUGAUGGAAAAGGUCAAUUUUAACAGUGCAAAUCGCUUCAACACCAGAACGUCCAAGUUUGAUGGUAUAAACAAGGAUGUAAAGGUGACUGCAACAGGAACAGGGGAAGCCAUGUUUAGUAUGGUGUCACUGUAUUAUGCUCUGCCCUCAAAACAAGAGAGUGACUGUGAGAUGUUCGACAUGACCGUGGAGAUCCUUCCAGAGCAGAUUGACGAGGAAAAGAGCGUAUACAAGCUCAGUAUAGAAGUUUUGUAUAAGAACAGUCAGCGCAAUGCCAGUAUGCCAGUUUUGGAUAUUGGAUUACCAACUGGUUACAUUUUUAACAAAAAUGACCUAGAAUCAUUGUCCAGUGGACAUGACCGUUUCAUUGACUUUUUUGAAACAGAAAACGUUUUGUCAGAAAAGGGCUCCUUGGUUAUUUACCUGAAAACGAUCUCCAACACUCGCCCAGAUGAAAUUUCUUUUAGAAUUGAACAGCAGAGUAAAGUGGGCAUUCUGCAGCCAGCCGCUGUAUCAGUCUAUGAAUACUAUAAUAAAAAACGAUGUGUAAAAUAUUAUCGCCCUGAGAGGCGAAGUGGCGAGCUCUUGAGACUGUGCCAAGGUGAUGCAUGCUUCUGUGCUGAAGAAAACUGCAGCAAACAGAGAAAGGAGAAAAUCAGCAAUGAUGUUCGCACAACAAAAGCGUGUGAAUCCACUGAAUCCAGCAAAAUAGACUAUAUUUACAAAGUGGAGGUGGAAGGUUUUAUGGGCAAUUUCACCACUGAUGAUUACGCCAUGCGCAUCCUGAAUGUCUUUAAGGAAGGAAGCACUGAUCCGGGCUCAGAAGGUCAACUUCGCACUUUUCUAAAUUAUCAGCACUGCAGAGAGGCUCUAGGGCUGACACCAGGCAAAACAUACCUGAUCAUGGGCUCAUCCUCAGACAUCUACAUCAGGGGUGAUUUACUCCAGUAUGUGCUGGGUGAAAACACCUGGGUCGAGUACUGGCCCACACCUCAAGAGUGCCAGACUGAGAGAUACCGACCGACUUGUUUGGGCAUGGAAGAGUUGGAGGAGCAAAUUGCAGUCUUUGGAUGUCAAAUGAAGUGAAAAGAAACAAAACAGUGUUCUGAUUGUAAUUUCUUUUUUCUGUUUUAGUACAUUUCAGUAAAUUUUGAUAUAAUCAGAUUUAAGUGAGAUUGGCAUAGAUUUAUCUUACACCAUGUUAACAUGUCCUCACUUUGAAUAGCUGAUUAUCGCCAUAAAAUAUAUAAUUUUGAGCAGAAGAAAUGAGAAGAUUAGAAAUCAUUUGCAGCAAGCUUUCACAUUAGACUAAAUAUAUGUGUUGGAUGAAAAAAAUAUGGUAUUUGAAUAAAGACAUGAAUGUUAAGACUCA